AUGCUGCGCUGCCGCUUCCUCGUGUCAGUCCAGGGGGCUUCCGUGGAUCAUCCGGCGCUGCUGAAGAGCAAGCGCCUGGGCCGCUCCUCUCGCGCAGCUAUGUUCAAGGACUCGGUAGAUUCACAGAUGUUCGCGGCUAUGCUUGCACUAACUACAUCUAACUACGACACUAUGACAUGCUGGCUACGUGCACCGAAGCUGCUCGUGGCCCACAGCAGGAUCGCGAUGCCAGCCGAGUUGGUGCGCCGUCCGCGGCGACAGCUCAGUUCGGAGGAGAAGGACUUGCUUUUCCGAUUUCGCUGGAGCCUGACGGACCAGCCUGGUGCCUUGACCAAGUUCCUCCACGCAGUGGACUGGUCGCACGUGGAGGCCGGGACACCAAAGCCUCGUGCUCGCAGCUAA